CGCCUAUCGGGCGGGCGAGCGAGCGCGACCAAGUUUCUCGCGAGACGGUAAAAAUGCUGGAAUUACAGGCCCGUCGCGCGAAAAGGCUCGAUCUGGUACGAGAACGAAAAGGAAGACGCGCCCGUGCGCACCAAUGGCGGCCACCGACCCUUAUUUAUCCAAGUCAAAAUGGCCGCCCUUCGACUCUUCACGCGCUCGAAACUUUCGGCGAUUAUUCUUCGUUCCACUGCUCAAUUUCAACUAAACAACGUCUCGCCGAUCGUCUGUCAGAUCGACAAAAGAUGGGGAAGUUACAAAUCUUCCCCUGUGUACAAUGAAACUGAACAAUAUCCAGAUUAUGAGAUAUCGAAUGAUCCUCGAGAAUGGGAAUACGUGACACGAUUACUUCCACCUACGGUUGUGCCUCUGCCUCCUCUCGAGGAGAAAGUAUUACCCUCCGGAUGGAAGCCACCUACUGUAAAACCAGGGACUUACCCAUACCACAUACAGCGUUCAAAAAAUUACAUGCAAUCUGUCUAUCUUGCCAUUACAUUUAGAGGAAUGCGAAGACAAACCAUUAUUCGUAGGAUUGAAGGAGAUAUUUGGCAGUUAGAAUCCGAAUUAAGAGAUUAUUUGACCAAAGAAACAGGCAGAAUGUUGGGUGUCCGUGUAAACGAACUCGUAGGCGAGAUUCGAUUUAGGGGAGAUUUUGUGUCCCUUGUCAAAAGAUGGAUGGACUCCAAGGGAUUUUAAAAGCUGUAACGACAUCUGCGUAAUCUCGUACUCGAGCGAUCGAUGUAAAUAUAAGAAGAUAUAAUUUGUUAUGAGGGGUCUAACUUGGUCCAACUAUACGAUUCGUAAUCUACUUGCCAAUCCGGACACAGCUACACAAAUAAGUACGAUCGUUAAAUUUCAUAUUGUCGAUUAUACAAAUGUAAAGAAAUACAAGAAGAAACUAACCGUAAAA